AUGUCAUUCCUCACCUCCUUCCGUGCCUCAUCUCGCCAAGUUAUCCGGACAAACUUGGCCGUUCCAGCUUCUACGUUCCAUUCCUCAGCAGUCCGGAGCUUGAAAGAGGAUGAUAGGGGCCGCGAUGAUCUCUCCCACCACUACGAAUCCCAUAAGCAAGAAGGCCUCAAGAACAACAAGGAUGGCAGUGGAAAGUGGAAAUUCGAGCUGGCCAGUAACAGCGAGGCAGAGGUCAAAGCGGAUCGCGGUGAGUUAGAUGCCGAUCCUCCUUUCCAGGAGGCGCAGAAGGAGGCGAAGGAGGCGAAGCAACGGAGCCAGAAGGGCGCUCAUUAA